AUGAACAAGGCUAAAGAUGAAUUAUGUACACGUGAACAUUUACAUAAUCGAAAUAUACUUUAUAAUAUGUUGGCACCACAAAUAUGUUUUAAUCCAUUUCAACGAAUUGAUUUUAAUCGUUUUCUUAUUAGUAUGAGAUAUUUAAUUCAUUAUACAGUUUCAAAUGUUUUUCAAUAUUUUCAUGAAGUUAUUGAUGCUCAACGAUAG